GUAGACAGGAUCUAGUAGAUGUUGUCUACAUCAUAAAAAGACGGCAGUUCCACUGCAUAUUAAAGCGGCGACACUGAGAUAAUUUGGAUUCGCCUUCCAUCAGUAAGUGUUGAAAUGUUACUAUAGUUACGCUUGAUUUUAUUGAGCACAAUGUACUGUAUGAUAAACACAAAUGUAAUAUAUACUUCACUGUAUCUCUCAUAAUUUCGCGCAUUUGAAAGAUUUUUAAUACUUGUAGCGCGCAAAUGUAAUUACAAUCAAACUGACUAACAGUGGUGACUUCCCUUUAAUAACUUUACACCAUUUGCUGUCAACGAAGGUGUUGUCAUCAGUUGUUGAAAAUAUGAAAUAUUCAUGUUGGUUUUACUAGUUCUACGAAAUGGGACAUGAUGAAACUUCAAGGAAAGUACCGUUUUUUCCAGCUAAAGUUCAUGGGGAAUGGGGUAAAUGGUCACCGUGGACAAGUGAAUGUUAUUGUGAAGGUCGCCAGUUCCGACACCGACUUUGCGACAGUCCUGAACCACAGUUCGAUGGAAACACCUGUCCUGGGAAAGAUAUUUCUUACCGAUCAUGCACAAAUGCCACAAACGAUUGCAAAGUAUAUGAUGAGCCUAAGAAACAAAGUGUUUGUGAAGACAACUUGUCAGACUAUGAUGGGUUUAAUAGUUGGUCAGGAUGGAGCUCAUGUUCCUCCGAAUGUGGACAUGGGCUCAGUUCGAGGAAGAGAGUAUGCAAAUUGUCUGGGCCAACAGAGGGUAUAAGACCUUGCACCGACGAUGUUGUCGAAAGUCGACCCUGUCGAGGGAACGGAAACUGUCUCGGCAAGUAAUCUUUUCCAGUUCGUUACAAAUAUUAUUACUUUUUACGUACUAUUUCAAAGUGAAGUGUACUUAUUCGGAGAAAGGAAG